AUAAAAACACAAAAGCACACAGCAGACAGUCGGACAGCCGGGACGCCAUGAAGGACUUUGAGGACUCGGUAGCGUUACUGGGACAGUGGGGACGUUUCCAGCAGGUGGUCUUCUUCCUGCUCGGCGCCAGCAUCGUGCCCAAUGGGUUCGGCGCGUUCUCCCUCGUCUUCCUCAACGACGCCCCCGCCCACCGCUGCCUCGUCCCCCAGGUCAACCUGACCCAGGGUUGGCUCGACUCCAUCAUCCCGAUAGAGGUGGUGGACGGGAGGCGGCGGCCGAGCCGCUGCAGCAGGCUGCGGCUGGACGUGGUCAGAAACCUGUCGGCUGCGGGGCUCCGUCCCGGCGUGGGGGUGAACCUCAGCGACCUGCCGCGGGAGGCAUGCGUGGACGGCUGGAGCUACAGCGCAGACGUCUACCGGUCCACCAUCGUGUCCCAGUUUGACCUGGUGUGCCGGGACCAGUGGAAGCAGCCGUUCACCUCCACAGUUUACUUCCUGGGGGUUCUUGUUGGAUCCUUCUUCUCAGGACUGCUGUCAGACAGGUUUGGAAGGAAGCCGGUUUUCUUUGCCACUAUGGCUAUUCAGACUCUCUUUAUGUUUGUUCAAAUCUUCUCAAACUCAUGGGUGGUGUUCGUCGUCCUGCUCUUCAUCAGCGGCUUGGGGCAGAUCUCCAACUACAUAUCGGCUUUUGUGCUGGGCAACGAGAUCUUGAGCGGCCAGGUCCGGGUGCUGUUCUCCUCACUCGGCGUGUGUCUGGGUUUCGCCGUGGGCUACAUGAUGCUGCCGCUCUUCGCUUACUUCCUGAGGGACUGGAGGUCUCUGCUGUUAGCGACCUCCCUGCCCGGCCUGCUCUACAUCCCCCUCUGGUGGCUCAUCCCGGAGUCUCCUCGGUGGCUGCUCUCUCAGGGCCGAGUCCGGGAGGCCGAGGCCAUCCUGAGGAAGGCCGCCGAGAUGAACAACGUGGAGGCUCCGCGGGUCAUCUUUGAAGAUGUGGACGUGACCACGCUGCACCCGAAGGACCGAGCUGAUGUCUUCAACCUGCUGAGCACGAAACCCAUUAGAAACAUCACAGCCAUCCUGUGCCUGGUGUGGUUCACUCUGAGCACCGGCUACUUCGGGCUGUCCCUCAACACGUCCCACCUUCACGCCGACCCCUACGUCAGCUGCUUCCUGUCGGCGGUGGUGGAGGUGCCGGCCUACACGCUCAGCUGGCUGGCGCUGCGCUUCCUGCCGCGGCGCCAGUCCGUCGUCUGCAUCCUGCUGGUCGGAGGAGCGUCGCUGUACUUGAUUCAGCUGGUGCCUGAAGGUGUGUCCCAGCUGGCGGUGGCUCUGGAGAUGCUGGGUAAAUGUGCGAUCACCGCCGGCACGGCGCUGAUGUUUGCUUACACGGCGGAGCUGUACCCCACGGCGCUGAGGAACACCGCCACGGGGACCUGCACCGCCGUCUCCCGGGUGGGCAGCGCCAUUUCGCCCUUCGUGCUGCAGCUCCGUGUUUACUUCAGGUACCUGCCUUACAUCGUGAUGGGGACUCUGGCCGUCGCGUCGGCCUUCGCUGCCCUCUUCCUCCCGGAGAGCUUCGGACGACCUCUGCCUCAAACUAUUCAACAGAUGCACCACAGAGGAAGCAUCAGGAGCGUUUUCGUCCGAAAACAACGCUCAAAGCCUGCUGUGCUUUUUGAAAGUCGACUCUGAUCGUCAUCAAAUACGAGUCAUUCAGUGCUGCUGCAUAAUUAACUCUAGUUUCACUCGCAUUGAUUCUAC